UAUAUAUCCUAGCUCAGCUCAUCAGCCUUCUGUUUAAUUUUCUUACUAAUUAUCUCAUAAGAUCGAAGCACAAAAUGGGGUACCUGCAGAUUGUGUCCAUCUCUCUAAUACUAUAUGCCGCAUUUUUCCUCAGCAAAUGUGAUGGCAAUGAUGACUACUAUGUUAAUGCUACAUUAGUACACAGUGAUCCUGAAGCUGUUUGCUUGACGGGAAAACCUGCAUCGUACUACUUUGACAAUGGGUUCAGCAGUGGAAUGGGUAAUUGGUUGGUAUAUCUUCAGGGAGGAGCAUGGUGCAACAAUAUCCCAUACUGUGCCCAAUAUGCUCACGCCAGAAAUAUUACCCUAGACCCUAAACCGUACAACUUUCGUUACAUUCUGAGCAACAAGAAGGGUGAAAAUCCAGAUUUCUACAACUGGAAUAAGGUCGUGAUUCGAUAUUGUGACGGCUCGUCAUUCACAUCAGACUCGCCCAAAACUUAUGAGUAUAACGGCACGAAGCUCUACUUUAGAGGUGCACGGAUUUAUAGGGCUGUAAUGCAAGAAGUGUAUCACAAGCUCGGAAUGAAAAUGGCAAAAAAUGCUCUCCUUGUUGGUGGAUCGGCCGGAGGAGUUGCCGCUACAAUCCAUUGCGACGGGUUUCGUGAUUUCUUGCCUAAUGCAACUAGAGUAAAAUGCCUGUCUGAUGCGGGAUAUUUUUUCCCCUCAAAAAGGUUUGAGGAUCAAGGGGAGAUUUUUACACCAAUCUUUCAAGGACUAAUCGCGAUGAAACAUGGAUCAAUAAAGGCGUUACCAAAAGCGUGCACGUCUAAAUUUAGUCCAUAUCUGAGCUAUGGCUGACGAAGGGAAGGUUAAGAUCGAUAAAUUUGAUGGUCAAGAUUUCGCUUUCUCGAAGAUGCAGAUCGAGGAUUAUCUCUACCAGAAGAAGCUUCAUCUACCCUUGUUUGAGAACAAACCAGAAUCUAUGGCGGAAGCGGAAUGGAACUUGUUGGAUCGACAGGCCCUUGGUGUGGUGAGGUUGUCGUUGGCGAAAAACGUUGCUUACAACAUCGUCAACGAGAAGACAACGUUUGGACUGCUCAAGGCGUUAUCCAAUAUGUACGAGAAACCCUCAGCGGCCAACAAGGUUUUCUUAAUCAGACAGUUGGUGAACACAAGGAUGAAGGAAGGUGCAUCCGUGAGAGAUCACAUCAACGAGUUUAAUUCAAUCAUAUCCAGGUUAGGCUCGGUUGAGAUUAAAUUCGAUGAUGAAGUUCAAGCAUUACUUUUGUUAUCAUCUUUGCCCGAUAGUUGGUCCGGUACAGUCACAGCGGUUAGUAGUUCAUCUGGAACCACUAAGCUUACCUUUGAAGGUAUUCGUGACUUAAUCCUUGGUGAGGACAUCCGGAGAAGAAGUUCGGGGGAUAGCUCCAAUAGUUUGUUGAGUACUGAAGAUAGGGGCAGAAAAUCCACUAGAGGGGGUAACAAGAAGGGAAGAUCAAAGUUGAGGAAGAGAGGUCAAUCCAAGAACAGGAAGGACAUCAAUUGUUGGAAUUGCAAGGAGAAUGGACACUUCAGAAAUCAUUGCCCAAAAGCCUCUGCAGACAAAGGCAAGAAGGAGGUGAACGUGACAGAGGACUAUGAAGAUGUUCUAAUUUGCAGCGUUGAGAAUUCAAUUGAGUCCUGGAUCAUGGAUUCAGGUGCGUCGUUUCAUGCUUGUCAUUGCAGGGAUUUGAUGAAAAAUUUCAGGCCCUACAACGGAAGAGUUCGUUUGGCGGAUGACAAAUCCCUGGAGAUCACGGGUAUUGGGGAUGUUGAUCUCAGUACCACUUUGGGUACAACCUGGAGGUUGAAAGAUGUAAGGUAUAUUCCAGACUUGAAGAAGAUGUUGAUCUCAGUGGGACAGCUUGAUGAGGAAGGCCAUAACGUUAGUUUUGGCAACAAGCAAUGGAAGGUGAAAAAGGGAAAGCUGGUCAUUGCUCGUGGACAGAAGCAUGGUACACUGUACAUGGUUGAAGUGUCCACAGAUGGAGCAAACGCAGCAGUUGAAGAUACAGGGGUCUCUACUUUGUGGCAUCAAAGACUUGGGCACAUAAGUGAGAACGGAAUGAAGAUGCUGUCUUCAAAGGGCAAAAUCCCAGAUUUGAAGAAUUCAAAGUUGAGCUUUUGUGGGCCAUGUGUUCUAGGCAAGCAAAAGAGGGUAACCUUUGUGAAGACAAGACAACAACCCAAGACUGAGCGGCUGGAGUUGAUUCAUUCAGAUGUCUACGGACCCACAAAGGUCUCUUCGAUUGGAGGUUCCCGGUACUAUGUUACAUUCAUUGAUGACUCUACACGGAAGGUAUGGGUUUAUUUUCUUAAGAAUAAAUCUGAUGUCUUUAACACUUUCAAGAAGUUCAAGGCUGCAGUUGAGAAUGAAACAAAUCUCAAGAUUAAGUGUUUAAAGAGUGAUAAUGGGGGUGAGUACAGUAGCACAGAGUUUGUAGAUUAUUGUGCUGAACAGGGGAUCAGAAUGCUGAAAACGGUUCCAGAAACACCACAGCACACUAGUACAAAAAAGGCUUUUUACAUCUCCUUUUCUACAUGUGUUAUUUUAAAACACAUGUAGAAUACUAACACGGGGUCAUUUUUAUAAUUUUAAUAAACUUUUUUACAUAGGUUGUUGUUAUAACCCAUGUGAAAUAGCAAAACGGGGUACUUUUUAAAAUUUUAAGAAAUAAUCUAAAUCGGUUAUAGUUGCAACUGAUGUGAAAACAAAAACGGGGUAAUUUUCAUAAUUAAUGGAACUUUAUUUUACAUCGGUUAAAACUGAUGCGGAAGAAAUUAAAAAAAAAAAAGAAUCGCUCUUCUUCUAGAUCGGUGUUACCCGAUCUGGAUGAAUUAAAAAAAAUUCGCGCCUGCACUUGUCGAUUUCUAUCUGCGUGAAGGAAAGAAAGAGCAGAGACAGAAGGGCAAGUUAGAGCCGUCCGCUCCAAAGCGAGUUAGGGCUUUGGACGGACUCCGAGCGGUCGGCGUUCGAACUGCCAGAGGACGGCGCUCGAGCGGAAGCAAACGGCGAUUGAGAGUCGAGAGGACGGCGGACGUCGCUCCAGCAGACGGCGGGAAGCGUUCGAGCAAAAACAGGUCUUCGAGCAGACAGCAUUCCAGCGGCUUUCAGAGUUCGAGCAGGCGAACCUUCCUCUUCGGCCUACCUUUGAGCCAGCGGACUUUCGUCAGUUGCCUGUUUUCUAAGAAGGUACCGUGAUUAUGGAUCGUAGUUGGAUAAAUUCUAGACGGACUAGUGUUGAGUAUGAAAAUGGAGUGCAAGAGUUUCUAGAAUUUGCCCAGAAAAAUCUUCCUGACAGUAAUAAUAAAUUUUAUUGUCCAUGUGUUAAAUGCAUAAACUUGCGAAGACUGCAUGUUGAGCUUAUAAGAGAGCAUCUUAUUUGUGAUGGAUUUUGUAAAAGCUACACAAAGUGGAUUAGGCAUGGUGAGUCGGUUGAAAUGCCAAGUAUGUCUUCACACAGGGAGGAAGUGCGUGGAGAUACAUAUGAUCAUAUGGAUGACAUGAUACGUGAUUUCGGUGUUGAGUCAUUCGCACGGGCGCAUGUAUAUGAUAAGUUGUGUGCUGACGCUGAGGUGCCAUUGUAUCCGGGUUGCACUAAGUUCACACGGUUGACAACAGUGUUAAGACUUUUCAAUAUCAAAGCAACAAAUGGUUGGACUGAUAAAAGUUUCACUGAGUUGCUCCAGUUAUUAAAAGACAUGCUACCCGAAGGGAACACAUUGCCCGACCGGAAUUACGAGGCGAAGAAGAUUUUGUGUCCGAUGGGUAUGGAGUACAAGAAAAUACAUGCAUGUCCUAAUGAUUGUAUACUCUAUCGAAAAGAGUAUGAAGACCUGCACAAGUGCCCUACUUGUGGAGUGUCACGAUAUAAAGUUAAGAGCGAUGAAUGUGAUUCUGAUGUGGUGACUACAAAGGGUUCCCCUGCAAAGGUGCUAUGGUAUCUUCCCAUUAUUCCGAGGCUAAAACGAUUGUUUGCCAAUGCAAAUGAUGCAAAGAAACUGAGGUGGCAUGCAGAAGAAAGGAAAUGUGAUGGCAUGAUUCGCCAUCCGGCUGAUGCUUUGCAAUGGAAGAACAUUGAUAAGUUAUUUCCUGACUUUGGCAAUGAGCCAAGAAACCUGAGACUUGGUCUUGCUUCAGAUGGAAUGAAUCCUUUUGGUAACUUGAGUAGUCAACAUAGUUCAUGGCCUGUUAUGUUGAUUAUUUAUAACUUGAGUCCUUGGUUGUGCAUGAAGCGCAAAUAUGUAAUGUUAUCAUUGUUGAUUUCUGGUCCAAAACAACCAGGAAAUGACAUAGAUGUUUAUCUAGCUCCUUUGGUUGAAGAUUUGAGAAUGCUAUGGGAUGUUGGUGUUGACGUGUUCGAUAGUUCUUGCAAGGAGUACUUUAAGAUGCGUGCAAUGCUAUUUUGCACAAUCAAUGACUUUCCGGCAUAUGGAAAUUUAUCUGGUUAUAGUAACAAGGGCCAUAAAGCAUGCCCUAUUUGUGCAGAAGACACAUGCUAAAUUGAGGUCCGAUGUUGUAGAUGAUCCUUUGUCGAGUUUGUGUUUAUUUGCUAAGAGCUUGGGGUCAGAUACUGUACCAGUGUAUUUGCCCGAAGAUGUGAUAGGACGUGCACCUAUAGUAAGCCAUUGUAGUUUUAGAGAAUUGGUUGAAGUUUCCAUGGGUAGAGAUCUCCUUAGCGCGAUUAUUUUACAAGUGUGGAUAUUAUAUCUACAUCGCUUGUGCAUAUCCAGAAAUAUUGGUCACGUGUAUGGAUUCAUUGAUCCACACACCAUUCAAGGAGUAGGCAAUUCUAUAAAUGAAGUGCAAAUGUAUAUAUCUACAAGAUUAAAUGAAGGCGGAAAGCAAUGUUACUUGGCUCCUUAUUACUAUCAGAAUCAUUGGCAGCUCUUUAUUCUCUCUCCUGUCCAAAACACUAUUGUCUUCUUGUGUUCUUUAGGGAAUAAGCCAAAUAGACAAUUCAAAAAUAUUAUUGAUGCUGCAAUGGAGGCAAGCCGUAGGCUCAACUCAAGAAAGGGAAAAGUGAAAUGGAUUAUUCCUGUGUCUCGAAUGCAAGUUGGGAAUUAUGAAUGUGGGUAUUAUGUGAUGCUGCAUAUGUUGAAUAUUGUUUCGGCGGUAAUUCUUGAAAUGUGGGAUGAGCGAUUCGCCAAUCCGGAACCAUUCUCAUCAGAAGAGAUUGAUGAACUACGAACUCGUUGGGCAUCAUAUUUCUUAGAAAUGACGCAAUCCAUCAACGACACAUGAUGAACGUGUUUGUUUAAGUUUUUGAGUGAUUAUGAGACUUGUAACUUUUUACAAUUUGUUAUUACUCUAGACUUGUGCAAGCUAAGGAUUGUUAUAUUUUAGCUUAUUAUUAUGUACUAAAUUAUUACUUAAACUUGUUUAAGUUUUGUGGAAGAAUUGAAAAAUAGCUUGUGUUGUUUUAGAUUGAUCGUGUGAACAGGUGAAAAAAUUGUGUUAUAGUAGUUGGUGAUACUGUUAAUG